AUGGACUUUGUUAUUGGGUUACCUCAUUCCCGGCACAAGUACGACUCCAUUUGGGUGAUUGUCGACAGACUCACGAAAUCAGCACAUUUUCUACCGGUCAGAUCUACAUAUUCAGCAGAAGAUUAUGCUAGAUUGUAUCUCAAGGAGAUAGUAUGGAUUCACGGCAUUCCUAUAUCUAUUAUUACUGACAGAGGAGCACAAUUCACCGCUAAAUUCUGGAGAUCCUUUCAAGAAGGAUUGGGUACUCAAGUGAAAUUCAGCACUGCAUUCCAUCCACAGACUGAUGGGCAAGCUGAACGCACUAUUCAAACCUUAGAAGACAUGUUGCGAGCUUGUGCGUUGGACUUUGGCGAUAGACAAGUGCGGAAGCUUAGAAAUAAAGAGAUCGCUUCAGUCAAAGUCUUAUGGAGGAAUGAUAACAGAGAGGAGAUGACUUGGGAAGCAGAAGAAGCUAUGAAGAUCAAAUAUCCGCAUCUAUUCCCACCCCCAGAGGAGGCUCAAGAUGGAACAUCAGUGUCCCCAGAAACUUGGAGGGAUACGCUUGAAGAGGCAAGUUCCCCUGACUUUGACCUUCUUACAUCGCUGCUUGAGGCAAAAAUUAACUUGGAGGCUGCAGAGAUGGCUAUCAAGGACAUCCAAGACCCAGAGAAGAAUGGACAGUGGUGUGAGGACUCUGAGUCAUCACCUGGUGCUGGAGCUGGUCUAUAUGCUUAA